ACUCGAGCCUUGCGGCUUCGACGAUUGGAGUCUGACUUUAGCUUAACUGCGUUCAAAAUUGUUCCUCAUUUCCCUCUUGUUGGAGGAAGGAUGACAACAAACCUAGGACUCCGUUCUCCUAUUUCGCGAUCUGGUGCGGUAUCUCCUCAAGCACCUAGACCCGCAUUCGAUACGGAGGUACUGCGAGCAUACGUGAAAAAACUAUUGCCAGCAACGCUUUCGCAUGCUGUGUGGCCACAUAUUGAGCGUGACCAAGUAAAAGCUUGGAUGAAGGAGAUAGGAGAACGCGUCAAGGAGCGGAUGGUGGAGGUUCAGCCACAUGGAUUUAAGUAUAUGGUGUUAGUCCAGAUCACGGAGAAUCUGGGGCAAGGUGGCCGGUCCCAUUUGGUGUCUCACUGGGAAGAUGGGGAUGUCUGCUUGAACGAACUCUUUUUCAAUGAUUCGUUAUUCUGUACAUGUACUGCCAUCGCCGUGCGAGCUUUGUGAGAUGAUAUCUCUAGACUGCCGUGACCUCCGUUCAAAGCUGGAGCUUAAUUCUGGCGCAUUCGAUACCCGUAAUCACUUUCACUAAAAGCACGAUACUAUGUCACGAAAUAGUAUAAUUACUACACUUUAUUCGACA